AUGCCCAGAGCAACCUCAGAACGCUUUUCUCGCACACACCAAUCCUCAAUAAAAUCAGCAGCUAGGGGCCAGUCUUCGUUAAGGAGCCACGACAAUGCAGAGAGUAAUAGCUCCUCCGGCGUUCACAACCCCAUCUUCAAUACGGAGAGAUUUGGACAACACAUCUUGAAAAAUCCUCAAAUCGCACAAACCAUCGCAAACCUCCGCCCAACGGAUAAAGUCCUCGAAGUUGGUCCCGGGACUGGCAAUCUCACCGUCAGAAUUCUAGAAAAAGCAAAACAUGUUACCGCCGUAGAAAUGGAUCCCCGAAUGGCUGCAGAAGUCACGAAAGCACCUGAACAACGGAAAUUGGACAUCAUCAUCGGCGACUUCGUCAAAGCGGAGCUGCCUUAUUUCGACGUCUGUAUAUCCAACACGCCAUACCAGAUAUCCUCCCCACUCGUCUUCCGCAUUCUCUCCCACCGACCUCUCCCACGAGUCGCCAUUCUCAUGUUCCAGCGCGAAUUCGCACAGCGAUUAGUAGCACGACCAGGGACGGACCUAUGGUCCCGACUAUCCGCCAACGUGCAGCUAUACUCAAAAGUCGACAUGAUCAUGAACGUCGGCAAAAAUAAUUUCAGACCGCCUCCGAAGGUAGAAUCGUCCGUGGUUAGGAUUGCACCGCUCGAUCCACCGCCACCCAUUAAGUUUGAGGAAUUCGAUGGACUGGGGCGGAUCGUGUUCUCGCGGAGGAAUAAGACGGUGCAUGCAUCGUUUACGGCUAAAGGCGUGAUGGAAAUGCUCGAAAAAAACUGGCGGACGUGGUGUUCAUUACAGAAUAAGAUAAUCGCAGAUGACGCCAACAUCAAGGAAAUGGUCGCAAAUAUUCUCAAUUCCACAGGUUAUUCAGACCAGAGAGCGGCGAAGAUGACAGUGGACGAUCUGCUGAAGUUGCUGGCUGCUUUUCAUGACGAGGGUAUCCACUUUGCUUGAUUCCGCUACCUAGUUAAGGCUGGUCCCUGACAUUGUCCGGCCACCUCAAAAAAAGGAAUCCGUUCCAUUGUAAUGAUUAGGGGUAAGCACAAUAGGAUCUAUGUAGAGCGUUUCUAUACAUUGCGAUACUCGAAA